UGACAAUCUCGUCUUUCUGCUCAUUUUCACUUUGCCUACAAGAUUUUUAGUCGUUGGAAGAAGUUGCACCUUCCUCGAUCAUCACUGCCACUUCCCCACGAUCUUAAACGUGUGCGACUUUUCAAAACAGCCGCCGACAACAACUUUCACUCCCUUGCAUGCGCGCGCUGAGGCGCAUCGUAUGGUGCCCGGAAUUUCAUUUUCAUAUGACUUCUUCAACUUCAAUUCAAAGCUCACGACAUAAUGCAACCGCAGACAUCAACUCACAUUUCCGUCUCUUGCAAGAUCAUCCAGACUCAUCGCUCCAGCAGAAAUGAAUCAAGUGGAAGACAACAAAAAAUAUUGCGGUUCCAAAUUGAUCAACGACAUCUCACAGAGCAGACGACCCGUGUUCCUACAACGAAAUCUUCGGCGAGCCUUGGAUCAUCAUGAGCAGAAUCUGAAGAUCCUCAACCAUCGAUCGACAAGUCUUACCUCAGGAGUGGCCGCGUCCAACAUGGGUCUUUUCGAAGGGCUCUCGCGAAUCCUUCCUAGUUUAAAUCUACUAUCUAGGGUCACCAGUGUUAAACCACAGACCUUCAGAGUCCACCCAAAAUCACUGGUAAAGAAAGAAAAGAACAGCGCCGACGCAGAGACACGACCAAAUGUAACUGCCAAGCAUGAGCCAUCUGCGGAUCCAACGUGGCUUCCUGCCCCCAACAACAUCAAAAUAACUUGCAAUAUUACUUGCAUCAUCACGCUCGAUGAUGCCAAUGGUACCAACCCCGCGCGUGUCUUGUAUUCUAAAUCCCAUCCGGCAAACUUGACAGGCGUGAAAGAUGCCAAAGGCCACUUGACCUUUUAUAUUGCUAUGGAGCCUUUCGUUGUCGCACACAAUGAAAUGCUCACAAGCCAUCUUGCGGCCCAUAAUGGAAAUGGAGGGCGCAGAUGGAAGGCAGAACGACUCAAUCAUGCUGUUCUUAGUAUGAGUGUCAGCUGCUUCAACUCUGAAGACGCUUUCCAAUUGCUUUCCGCAGUCGAUCCGGACGUCAUCCCUGGACACAUUGUGGCUCCUGAACAGGCCGAGUUGAGAGCUACCUGGAAAAAGCUUCCCGACUGCCCAAGUACUCCACUACACAUCCGGCGAUACGAGCAUGUUCCCGAGACGACAAAUAAGGCACGCCGUUCAAAGAAACUCGAAUAUCUUCUCGACGCGGACAUCUCGUGGAGCCCGAGCGCUAGAAAGAGCGGUACUCCUCUGGCGAUGUGCAAUAACAUAACCCGAAUUCUUGGGAACAGAGGGCGCCCCCAAAUAACAAGACCUCUGAGUCUGACGCAGGCUUGUAACGUCAGGUAUGUCUUCGAUGGCGGCGCCAUGGGCUCUAGAAGCAUUGUGCGCACCAGAUUUAGCUGUGUUUUCUGCCCGGAUCGCUUGCCUCAUGCAACGUUCGACAGAUUACAUUUCCAUUAUUUGAGCUUUCAUGAUCAUUUCACUUUCAAAGUUCAUGCGCCGCCAGAGACAAGCCCCUCGCUGUUCAUUCGCGUAGUACAGAUCGAGCUGGCGACACCUAGAUACGAAAGAGCCAGCGACAACGUGAGCGACGAGCGGGAGAUUACCUGGAACAAGCCAGAGAAUCCUUUCGACCUACAGCAAUACCUAUUGGAAGGUGGACUCAAUACUUGGGCCAGCGGUAAACAGGCAAACCUCAAAAUAAUCUCUAAGGCCGCCAGACCAGGCGUUAUGCUGAAUGGAGCCGCGCAAGCUGGAGACUCCCUCUCCAAAGGACGAGCCCGACUAACGCCGACUCCAGCCAGGCCUGGAGUAGGGCCCCCCGAAGAGGUCCAGGAGGUGCCAACUAAAAAGCGAAAGAGAUAUGAGGUUCCAGACAUCCCGGGAGUCGCUAUCUUUCGUUCACAAUCCAAGCGAGAGGUUGAGCCUGGAGAAAUACUGAGUGAGAGUGAUAUCGACCCGGACGAUUCGUGGCUACGAGUCAGACACAACGUAGAGGAUUUUCCGCGGCUUACGGGUGCGGCCAGGGAGUUUACGAUCAUGUUCGACGAACAUUUGAAGAACGAGCCAACGAAUCAAGGAGAGAGGCACGUCUCCGGCAUGAUCGUUCGAUUCACGCGGAAACACGCCGAGCGACUAGGAAAACCACAUCUAUUGAAAGAGUUCAAAACUAAGCUGAAUGAGCUGGAAAGCCUCGAGAUGAUCUCGGAAGAGUACAUCAAUUACUGCCUUGGCUUGAUUGCGAGCACGAGACAAGACACUAUCAAUGGCACGGCUAACGGACAGACUCACGGAUCCCCGGCUAUCAAGGAGGAGUCUGAGCCUUUCGUCAGUCGAAAUCCGCCGCCAGCCUCCACUAAGCCUGGCAACCGACUGGAUGUCAUAAUGAUCGAAGACAGUGAUACGGAGAUAGGCGCUGAGGUAUCGCCGGCUGUGCUUAAAUCCAGCCGCCCCAUCCAGCCAUCAACUCAGCACGCUACAGACGGCGAUGUGGAGAUGCAAGAUGCUGUCCAUCAUGCGCCAAACGCCUGUGUGUGCGGAAAGCUGGCCCUGGGUGCGCGUCAAGUAAUCAUCUGUCAGAACAACUAUUGCCCACAUUCAGAGUUUCACAUGGCUUGUGUUGGACUCAAGAAGAGAGUCCGCGGCUGGCGAUGUGAGGAUUGCAGGGCUUGACGAACGCGAUUUGCUCAAUACCACACCUGACUCAUGCUUUUUCUACAUCAAUUCUUUAGCAUUCGUGGCGUUAUAGGCACAGACGGAAGAUAUUAUCUGAGGCGCAACGGGGGUAUAUCCUUAGCGGGAAAAGGCACAUUGCAUUUUGUACUCUAUUAUGAGCGAACAGCUCUCGAAUCUUGAAGCACACUGUUUCUUCUC